GAGGGAGCCCGCUGCCCGCUGCCUGACCGAGCCACACAAUCAAAGGCCCGCACGAACCCGCCGGCAUGUGCGCGCUCCUCCGGGUUGCGGUCUGCCGCGCGCUCUGCAGCGUCUCUGAACCUCUCCUGAGAAUGACCAUCCAGAACGGGCGGCCCCCCUCCAGGGCCUGCUCUCGGGCGGGCGGUGAGCCCAACGCACUGAGGUGGGACCUGGCCCCGGAUGACAUCCGGGCCUCGACCGAGGGCCUGAUGACGCGGGUGAAGGCGGCCUACGAUGACAUCGGAUCCGUGCAGAUGGAAAGCGUCUCCGUUGAAAACACCCUGAGAGCCUUGGCUCACGCCAAGCUGGAUUACGCAUCGUCGCUCCACGUUCUGGACUUCCCUCAGUUUGUGUGUCCCUCUAAAGAGGUCCGGGCAGCGAGCACCGAGGCGGACAAGAAGCUGUCCGAGUUUGACGUGGAGAUCAGCAUGAGGGAAGAUGUGUUCAAGCGCCUCACGGCCCUGCAGCAGAAAAAGCUCCCAGAAAACCUUUCACCUGAAGAGAAGAGAUUCCUGGACAGACUUGUGACCUUAGGCAAGCGGAGAGGACUUCACCUGUCUAAAGAAAUACAAGAGGAAAUAAAAAGAACCUACAAGCUCAUAAGUGAACUCUCCAUCGAGUUUAACAAGAAUCUGAACGAGGACAAUACGUUCCUUGUCUUUUCUGAGCAUGAAUUGGGCGGGCUCGCCGACAGCUUUCUGAGUGGACUGGACAAGGCGGCAGACGGCCGCUACAAAGUCACACUCGAGUAUCCGCACUACCACCCUCUGAUGAAGAGGUGCCACAACCCGGAGAGCAGGAGGAAGAUGGAGACGGCUUUUCACAGCAGGUGUAAAGAGGUGAACACAGCGAUCCUCGAAGAGUUGAUCCAGCUGAAGGCGAAGGCCGCGGACUUACUCGGUUACAGUUGCCACGCGAACUUUGUGCUGGAGAUUAACAUGGCCGAGAAUGCAAGCAAAGUGUCUGACUUUUUAGACACAUUCUAUGAAACCCUGAAGCCCGUUGGCAUCAAGGAGAGGAAAUACAUUCUGGCCCUGAAGAAGCGGGAGUGCUCCAUGAUGGGCCUCCCGUUCGACGGGCGCAUCAACGCCUGGGACUUGCCCUACUACAUGAACCAGGUGGAGCAGUGCAAGUUCGCCGUGAACAAGGACAAACUGAUCGAGUACUUCCCGCUGGACGUGGUGACCGAAGGGCUGUUUGGCAUCUACCAGGAGCUGCUGGGCCUCACGUACACGGAGGUGGAGCGCGCCCACGUGUGGCACGAACACGUGGCGCUCUAUUCUGCCCGGGACACGGAGACGGGCGAGGAGAUCGGACAGUUCUACCUGGACUUGCACCCGAGGGAAGGGAAGUUCGGCCACGCCGCCUGCUUCGGGCUCCAGCCCGGCUGCAAGGGACCCGACGGAGAGCGCCGGCUUCCUGUGGCGGCUAUGGUGGCGAACUUUACCAAGCCCCGAAAAGGUUGCCCCUCUCUCCUCCAACACCACGAAGUGGAGACCUACUUCCACGAGUUUGGUCACGUGAUGCACGAGCUCUGUUCCAAGACCACUUUCUCAGAAUUCAGUGGCACCCUGGUGGAGACGGACUUUGUGGAGGUGCCUUCUCAGAUGCUGGAGAACUGGGUUUGGGAGAAGGAGCCUCUGAGAAGAAUGUCUCGCCACUACAAGGACGGCAGCCCGAUCCCGGACCACCUGCUCGACAAACUGAUCGCGUCCAGAGUCGCCAACACUGGACUGAUGAACCUGCGCCAGGUGGUCCUCGGUAAAGUGGACCAGUCGCUCCACACCAGCCGGCGUGCAGACACAGAGGACGAGGCCGACAUAAGGAACACCGUCAACGGGGCGACCGGGGACGGCCCGGAGACGGUCGGCCCGGAGACGGUCGGCCCGGAGACGGUCGGCCCGGGGACGGACGGCGGGCUGCGGGACGCGGUAGACUCUGAAGACCUCCUGCCCUCUCCAGGCUGA